GAGAAAUGCAGUGGUUCUCGAACCACUGUCUGAAGAGCAGCCCUCGUUCUAUUUCCUUCAGUGUGGCUGGAGACAGACCAUGAGGAGCAUCAAGAGCCCUCUGUCUUUGAUGGUGUCUCUUGCUUUCUUACUGACUACAUUUUAAUGUCGACUCCUGGGAGCUCUGAGUUGGAAAAGCUCUUGGAGAUCACGGAAGUAAGAAAUUGAAAAAUGAUGGGAAGCAGGACUUUAAUUAUUAUGACUUUCAUGGUCAGAGUCAAGACUGGAACUGAGGGCUCUUGGCUUCUUUUUAAAAAGAGACCAUGCUACAGGAGGCCAGGACAAAGGCUCUGACCCUCUUUCUAAGUACAUGGCCCUGCCCUUCAACAGAAAAUGAGAAGAGCAUGAAGAGGGACAAUCACAGCAGUGCAUCUGAAUUCAUCCUCCUGGGACUCCCCAUCUGGCUAGAAGAGCAGAGCCUGUUCUACACCCUGUUUCUGGUCAUGUACCUGACCACGGUGCUGGGGAACCUGCUCAUCAUCCUGCUUAUCAGGCUGGACUCUCGCCUCCACAGCCCCAUGUACUUCUUCCUCAGCCACUUGGCCUUCUCUGAUGUCUCCUUAUCAUCUGUCACUGUCCCAAAGAUGCUUAUGAAUAUGCAGACACAGAAUCAAUCCAUCUCAUACACUCAGUGCAUCUUCCAGGAAUUUUUUUUCUUACUUUUCGGUGGUCUUGACAGCUUCCUUCUCACCUCAAUGGCCUACGACAGGUAUGUGGCCAUCUGUCACCCCCUGCACUACACCACCAUCAUGAGCCAGAGACGCUGCUUCCUGCUAGUAAUUGUGUCCUGGCUCUUGUCCAUUGCCAUCACCCUUGUGCACACUCUUCUCCUACUGAGGACGAUGAAUAGGAAUAAUCAGAGCAGUGUGUCUGAAUUCAUCCUCCUGGGACUCCCCAUCAGGCUGAAAGAGCAGGGCAUGUACUACGCGCUCUUCCUGGUCAUGUACCUGACCACAGUGCUGGGGAACCUGCUCAUUAUCCUGCUCAUCAGGCUGGACUCCCACCUCCACACCCCCAUGUACUUCUUCCUCAGUCACUUGGCUCUCACCGACAUCUCUUUCUCAUCAGUCACAGCCCCAAAGAUGCUCAUGAAUAUGCUAACACACAGUCAAUCCAUCUCUUAUGCUGCGUGCAUUUCCCAGGUAUACUUUUUUGUGUUAUUUGCAGGUCUUGACAGUUUUCUUCUCACCUCAAUGGCUUAUGACAGGUAUGUGGCCAUCUGUCACCCCCUGCACUACUCCACCAUCAUGAGUCAGAGACGCUGCUUCCUGCUAGUAAUUGUGUCCUGGGGGUUAUCCGUUGCCAACGCCCUUGUGCAUACCAUUCUAUUAUCCUUUCUUUCUUUUGCUAGAGACAUCACUCUCCACCAUUACUUCUGUGACCUCUCUGCCCUGCUCAAGCUGUCCAGUUCAGACUCUACCAUCAAUGAGAUGGUCAUCCUCAUUCUGGGAACUGUGGUCUUAACUCUACCACUUAUAUGUAUUCUGUUGUCAUAUGGUCACAUUGGGGCCACCAUACUGAAGUCUCCCUCAAUCAAGAGAAUCUGCAAAGCCUUGUCCACAUGUGGUUCUCACCUCUGUGUGGUUUCUCUCUACUAUGGAACAAUCUUUGCUAUUUACUUUUUCCCUUCAUCUAAUAACACUAAUGAGAAAGAUGUCAUUGUGACUGUGUUGUACAGUGUGGUCACACCCAUGUUGAAUCCCUUUAUCUACAGUCUGAGGAACCGGGAUAUGAAAGGGGCUCUGAAACAUCUACUCAGUAGAGCAAUAUUUUCAGUGUGA